AUUUUAGCCGCCCUUCUAGCCCAGGCUCCGUUUGAGAACGACUCCAGAUUUCGCUAAAAACCGCAACUUUUGGUGGCGGCGAACGCCCAUUACUCCGGCAGGCUUCAGCAUUUAGCAAUAUCUGUUCGGUAAAAUCUUCUGCAUUAACCAUGUUGGAAAAUGAUGCUAAUCCAACUAUCAGCAAGUCAACUGGCCUGCCACGGAAGCGCUUCUACCGUGCAAGAGCACACAGCAACCCUCUAAGUGACUCUCACUUCCCAGUACCAAUCUCCCCCAGUGAAGUUGAUUAUUCCCUUCAUUACCCUCAAUUAUUCCCUUCAAAUGAUCAGCGAGAUAGAUCCAAAAAGAUUGAAUUUGCUGAUAUUGGUUGUGGUUUUGGAGGUCUUCUGAUUAGUCUUUCAGCCCUUUUCCCGGAAACCCUGAUGAUUGGAAUGGAACUUCGGGAUAAAGUAACAGAGUAUGUUAAGGAACGGAUCUUAGCUUUGAGAGUAGCAAAUCCUGGCCAGUACCAAAACAUUUCAGUAGAUCGAACAAAUUCCAUGAAGUACAUUCCAAACUACUUCGAAAAAGCACAACUUUCGAAAAUGUUUUUCUUGUUCCCAGACCCUCAUUUCAAGGAGAAGAAUCAUCGCCGACGCGUAAUCAGUCCACAUCUGCUUGAUGAGUAUGCAUAUGCUUUGAGAGUUGGUGGGAUUAUAUACACAAUCACAGAUGUGGAAGAGCUUGGAGACUGGAUGAAGACUUGUCUAGAGAAUCACCCGUUGUUCGAAGCUCUAACAUUGGAAGAGCUCGAGGCAGAUCCAGCCGUGAAGCUUUUAUGUUCUGCAACUGAGGAGGGACAAAAGGUUGCAAGGAAUGAGGGACAGACCUUUCAGGCAGUUUAUAGACGCAUUAGUGCAGCACCAUGACUGGAAAGAUUGAGCCUUCUGGGUUCAUUUGAUUGAAGUAAUGAGUUGUUUUCUUUGAGCUUUUUCAUACCUCCUAGUCUUUCUUUGUAUUCUAUUUUCUGCUUUUGUGAAAGAUACACCUUAGAAAUUUGAUCUGAUUUACUUCAAAUGUGGAUUAGGCUGAGAGUAGUUCUCCUAAUCUGGCAUUCUAAAUCAGUUUGUUACUUUUUUUU